UCGUUCUUGGCCUCUUUAAUUUUCUAAUCUCCAUAGUCUUCGUCCUCGUGCUCCAUUUUCUCCGGUGAGUUUUAACGGCGGAGACAAACUCUUCAAUCACCAGUCCUCCAUCAGAUCUAAGGAUUUUGGAAGCCUCGUUGUUGAUGAAUUUAUCCAGUUACUGAUCAAGAUUGACAACAAUGGCCGUUCUAAGGCCAUCAAUGUAUCUGGAUCCAAUGAUGCUCAUGUCCACGACAACAACGGUGAUGCUCAUGUCCAAGGCAACACACUUCAUAGAUCUCUGACGUCAUACAACUGCGAGUAAAGUGAAAAAGGCGUUAGGGAUGAAGAAAUGAAACAUAGACGGAUGAAGAGGAACAUCGUCUGGUUAACGGAGCAGAGUAGUAAAUCUUUCAUGGUUGGUCAUUUCAAGUAAACAAGUCAAGUAUUAAGCUUUUCUAUGGAUAGUGCUAAUUGCUUUUCAGCUGGUGAAACGGUGAAGACAAGGUCUCCAUUGGUGAUUUUUAUCAGAGGUGGUUUUGGUAGAAUCUCAGCUGCUCACACUCAUCAAGGUGCUUUCUUUCAGGUCUGUAUUUUAUACACAACCACUACAAUUAGAAUCUUUGAUUUUCUCUACUAUGUCAUGAGAAUUGUUUUAAUGACCUCCUUCAGAACUAAAUUGCAGCUUAGAUUAAUGUUUUCUUCUUACAUCAUUUAUUUCUCACGGUGUGGUUUUAUGUAUGUUAAGUUAUGAUGUUGGAGUCCCGUGACAUAACCGAUAGACAAGUUCACAUUGAUUAAUCAUUUUUUUCUUAAUCUUGGUGAACCACGGUAAUGUGCUCUUUGACUUGUACUUCAUUGGUUAUGGAGUUAGGUAAUAGUGUUGAUGAGGCAGAGUACAGUGGGAGAAGAUCUUCUGGUUUGGGCUCGUCACUAUUUUUGGGAUUUUUGAAUUUUUAUGAACACUUUCCUAAAUUAUAAGGAUGUCUUCCGAAAUCUAAAGAAAAAAAAAAUGUGAAAAUAGACCUGAUUGACACAAUUUUGAAAAAAAAUUGCUCGUUUGACACCCUCUCUUUGGGAAAAAUUAGAAUAACACAAUUUUGUGUUUAAAUUACCAAAAGCCCAAUUAAAAUUGAAUAGGAAAUAAAAAUUAACUAAAUGAUAAAAUAAAAACAAAAAAUGUUAAGUCAAAAGUAGAAAAAAAAACCGGAUAAUCGUGUUUUUUGGUACAAACCGAAACUUCGUUUCUUCCGCCGGCAAAGAACAGGUUUUACAGUCCAGGGAGAAAAGCACGAUCUAUUGUCAUCUUCGCCGGCGAAUAAGAAGUGUAAUCACCGGUGUUCACUGCUCUAGCCAGAUACAGCGGUCGUCGUGGGUUGUUUAUUCCGGCGGCGGAAUAAGAACCCUAGUAGCUUCGGUGGUGGUUGAUUUUCGGAUUCGGCGCCGGUGUUCUUGAAGCCCUCGCCAUUGUUACACCCUUUGAGGAAUGGCAUCUUCAAGCAAUAGCAUCAAAUAUCCUCCUCUACUUUAUGAAGAAGGGAAAUCGCCUCUCCAACAUAGGAGCAUGAACCACAAUUGUUUUGUGUCCAAAAUUGGAAUUUUGAGAGAAGGAUUAGGGGUGGACGUGUGGGAUAAACUCAAGGACUCAUCUCUUGGAGUGUUUAUAAAGUUUGCUGAAUUGGAAUACACCUGGGCUGCGCAGAGAGUUCACUUUCUACUCACACAUCAGCUGAGAAUCAACAACAUUCAUGAGGUUUGGUCUUUGAUCGAUAAUAGGCCAAUUAGAUUUUCUUUAAAUGAGUUUGCAGAGAUAACAAGGUUAAAUUGUGAUGCAUUUGACCUUUUAGAGAACUUUGAUGUUGAUCACCAUGAUUUCUGGAAAGAAAUGAAAAUACCAACAACCCUUGAUGGUCCUAUGUGGAGUGAGUUGGUAAAGGUUAUUGAUUCUAGCAAAACAUGGCAUCUUGAUAAGAGGAUGAUGGUUGGUAGGUUAUGUUUGUUGUCAGUAUGCGUACAUGGAAUUCAUCAUACAUCUAGAAUCCCGUUGGCAACCGCUAAGAGAGUUUUAGAUCCAGUUGCUUUUGAAAAACAUCCAUGGGGUCGGGUUGCUUUUAGUAGUCUAGUGAAUUCUGUGAAGAUGGUUGACUAUGACAGAGAUUCAUACACCAUACACGGGUGUGUUCAUGCUUUGUUAAUUUGGUUGUAUGAGAGUGUUACUGGAAUAGGAGAAAGUUAUGGGGUUAGAAGGAUAGAAACCACUGGUGUUCCACUUCUUGAUUGGCGAUCAUCUCGAAAACGUAUCAACUUCACAAACUUCAUCCAAAACGAGAAGAAGUUGCAUGGACAGGUUCGUGUUAGGCAUAUGGUUCAUGUUUCAGAGGAAAACAUGUAUCCUCUAUGGUCUGACACAGAUGAGCAUACAGAUCUACACCUAGACGAGCUACUUAAAGAUCUCAUUCAUAACCGUUUGUCUCUAGAUGCUUGGAGUUGUGUCAAAACAGUUGGUAUAAGUUCAAAAAAGAAGAAAAGAAGUGCUGAAGCUGAUAAGGUGAAUGACAACAGAGGGUGCAAUCCUAAGAAAAAAAGAUUGACAGAUAGUGAUCCUAAAUGUGAACAAGGAGAAAAUGUAACCAACAUGGAGGAUGGUAAGGAUGACAAGUCAAUUUCUUUGGAUAUUUGGAGGGCGAUUGAGAAAAUGAAUGAGACUAUUUCUGACUUGGGCAAAACACUCAACAGUCGAAUAGAUGCUUUGGAGAGUAAAUUUGAAACAUUCGUUGAAAAAAAAAUGACGGUGUUCAAAGAGGAGAUGGGUGAGAGGAUUAAAGCAUUGGAGAAAGAAAGAAAAGAGCCAAAAGACGCUGAUGUACGGAAUGAUGCCACUUCGCACACCAUUAACGAUGAUGAGGGAACAAGUAAAACACCUUCAUGGAUUGUUGAGAUGAAGCAGACAUCACAAGAUGAAUUUCCAGUUCAAAGGGUGGUGAGGAAGGAAUCUGUGAAGGUUGGGAAGAAGGAAACUUCCAAGAAAAAGAAGAUUACUGGUCUUGCUUCUGACGAUGUUGAGGAUAUCACUACCCAAGUUCAGAAAGCUAAAUUGAAAAUAGCUUCCAGUUCUGAAGAUACAUGGUCCAACAAGGAGGAUCAGUUGGUACAUAAAAAACUUGAGGUGACAUUAAACCGCCUUGGAGAGGCUUUGACGAAGUUGGAUGGACCUGGACCUUCGAAGACUUCUAGACGCGUGCCCCAGUUGGCAGGAUCGCAGAAGUAUCCUUACCUUGGUAACUCGACAGUCAAGCGGAUCAUUACAGAGGGUGAUAAUGUGUUAGGCGAUCAUCUUAAGCCUGUAGAUGAUGAGAAACAUCAGAGACUUCUGGAUUUUCUCAGCCUUGACAAGGAAGAGCCACUUAGCACCAGCAACGCAGCUGUGAGAUUCUAUUGGAAAAUUAUGACUCCAAGGAAACAUUGGCCAAGCUAUGACUAUGGAUGGUUGACAGAACAUCACAUGGGUUGUGCAAUGGCUAUGUUCCGGCGAAGAUAUAUGCGUGAGCCUUGUCCGUAUCCUAAAGAGCGCAUAGCUUUCUUAGACCAAGAUCUGAUGACUACAUUGAAGAAGGACUACAUACAGUUUAAUAUGGGGCCUAAGAAUUUUGUGUUUCGAGAUUCCUAUGUGAAACACGUUUUUGGUGAAUAUCCUGAGGAGUCAGCUACGAACAAGAAGUGGUGGAUUGAUGUGGAUAACUUAUACGCUUGUCUUUUUGUCAAUGGGAACCAUUGGGUGGCUUUGGAUAUUGACUUGCGAGGUAAGAAGAUUCACAUCUAUGAUAGCAUACCAACCUUGGUGAAUGACGAACAAAUGGCCAUUGCAUGUUUGCCUUUAAGGCGAAUGAUUCCUGCGAUGUUAAGUGACAUGAUUCCUGAGACAAACCGUAAAAAGAGCAGAGCAAUGUUGGAAUUGAGAAGGGUGAAGAAAAAUGUUCCUCGGAAUGAAAAUCCAGGUGAUUGUGGUGUGUAUGCUCUUAAGUACAUUGAAUGUUUAGCUCUUGGGAAAACAUUUGAUGGGCUUUGCGAUGAGAACAUGUUGGCUCUUCGGAUUAAGCUUGCAGCGGAAUUAUACGACGAAGUCAGAGAAUUAGCCAUACCAGCUAAUAUGACUGAUUCACCUCCUCGAGCUAAAGCUAUUAUCAUCCCUUCCCUAGUUGAUGAGUCCUUGUAGACUAUUUUGUUUCAUUGCCUUACGUUUUGUAAUA